AUGGAUCCAAAUGAUAGAUCAUUACCUGCUAAUUUUAAUCGAUUACGGUUAAUACGUAAUGUAAAUUUUGGUCAUUUAAUUGCAUUGAAGUUGAAUGAACCUGAUUAUGAUUAUUAUAAAUAUGAACUAAAACAAAUAAUUACCGAUCUAUGUGAUGAUCAAAAUAUGAAACAAUAUUAUGAAAAGGAAAUCGAUUCUGUAUUAUCGUCAUCCUAUAGUGAUAAUGAAAGAUUUAAAAAGUAUAGAGAAGAAAUAAUUGAUUUGAUGAUACGACAUAAGAAAGACUUGAUUCAGGAGAUAAAGAACAUAGAAGAAUUAAACGUUAAAAACAAAAGUGAAAUUAAACAAGAAAUUCAAAAUCUUUAUGAUCUUUUAAAAGAUUCUAACGACAAUGAUGAAAUUAGAAAAAAACUAAAUAAAAUAAUUGAGGAUAAAGACGUAAUAAAGUCGAUGGUAUCAAAACUUGAUGAGAUAAGUUUAAGUAUAUCUGAACUUAAAAGCCAAAAUAAAAAUUUCGAGCAGGGCCAAGAUAAGAUAAAAACUGCCGUUACAAAUUUGAGCAAGAAUAUAGGAAAUAAAGUUGAUAUAUUAAAACAAGGACAAGAUGAUCAACUUAAAAGCCAAAAUAAAUAUUUAACAACCGUUUCAAAAAUGAACGAAAAUAUCGAGAAUAAAUAUGGCAACUUAGAAGUUAAAUUUGAUAAUUUAAAAAAAGAUAUUUCGGAUUUGAGAGAAGAUAAAGCAUUAAUACGAUUAUCAAGCAAUAUGCCGAAUGAAAGCAUAAAAAAUUUUAUACAAAAACAAGCAUUAUUCAAGGAAAUAGAAGAAAUAUUUUCAAAAUCAAAUAAAUAUGUUAUCAUUAGCGGUUAUGCUGGCUCGGGUAAGACAACACUUGCAUCAAAAUAUGGACAUAAACAAAAAGAUGAAAAUAAUAAAAUAGUUCGUUGGUUUAAUGCUGAAUCAAAAGAUUUAGUUUGGAAUGAUUAUAAAAAUAUGGCAACAAAAGAGCUUAGAAUAGGAAAUGAAGAAAGACAAAUUAUUAUAAAUUUGGUAAAUGGUAGACUGGAUGUAUUAGGAUUAAAUAUUCUAUUUAUAUUCGAUAAUGCAAAAGUUGCUGAUGAUAUUAAUGACUUAAUAAUAAAUUUACCAAACAAUGUUCAAACAAUCAUAACAACAAAAAAUAAUAAUUUAAAGGAUAACUUCGAGUUUCGCAACGAAUCAAAUUUAGAAAUGAAACCAUUUAAUAAAAGUGAAUGCAUUGAAUACAUAAAUUUCUGCAGUUUAGUUGGGUCGGGAUGGUGGCUUGCAUAUGCAGCGUUUAAAUCAAUGUCACACAGAACACGCUCAGAUUGA